AUGACUAAUGCAGUUAGAGGUUGCUUGUUGUCAAUCAAGAACGCUAAAUUCAAAACAAACUCAUUAAAAAAGACACCGUUUGUAUUUCGGAAACCCAUUGCAGACUUUCAAGUAACGUGGGGGGAAAAUGAUACAAGCAGUACCAGUGCAAGCACUUGGGCCGUGACUGGACCAUCGAAAUCGACAUUAUUGAAGAUAGCAGCUGGUGAGUUUAUGUCAUUUCCACCGCUUUCAAGGUCUUAUCCAAAUAUCAACGAACCAGCUACGCAACUCCAAUUAUUAAACUUUAAUGACAAACUGGGUCUCGAUAAGGUUCAUAUGUCUGCGAGGUAUGAAUCAUACUCUUUCAAGGGAGUUUUGGAAAUGAGUGACGAUACCAACUCUGUAUGGAAUUACGUAACUGGCUUGAACAACUUCAAUACGCAGCAUAGAGAUGUGGAUAUUCCAUACAUCAACCAUUUAUUGACGCUUUUCAACUUGACUCACCAUCAAAAGAAAUGGAUUAACUCAUUGAGUAAUGGGCAAAUGAGACGAGCAAGGAUUGCCAAGUCAUUGAUGAGUAAGCCAAGAUUGUUAAUCAUCGAUGACCCAUUUUUGGGUCUUGAUCCAUCCAACACAGAGAAAGUGAGCCAAGCAUUGAGCAAUGUACAUGAAAAUUUAGGGACUUCUAUGAUUUUGGGGUUGCGGCCACAAGAUGACGUCCCCAAAUGGAUUCAAAACAUAGUCUUUGUAGAUGAAGAGGGAAUAUCGUUGAUCGGCCCACUAGCGGAAGUUUCAAAUAAGCUCAAUGACAUCAUCAACUCCGACGUUGACCUUAAUUUGGAUAAGAAGAAACUGAAAACAAACUCGUUGGUGAAAAUAGACCCGGAAAGUGUUGCUGAGCCUGAAGAGCUUAUUCAUAUUGAAUUCAACAAUGCCAGAGUUGCUUACAAAGAUUUGAUUAUAUUGAAAGAUUUUAACUGGAAAAUUCCCAAGGGAAGCAAAUGGAGAAUCAUGGGUGACAAUGGAACUGGUAAAACGACCAUUCUUUCGUUGAUAACUGCUGAUCAUCCACAAAGUUGGAGAUCGGUGUUGUCAAUAAACAACAAGUUGAGGAAAACUGGAAGUGGAGUCACAUUUUUUGACGUCAACAACCAAAUUGGGAUUUCAUCCCCUGAGUUGCAUGCCUUGGUCCCUCAACAUAACAGUACAAUGAAGGAUAUAAUAUACAAUGGAUUAGUGCGAGACAUUGGCAACUCAAACUUUGCGUAUAGGGCCAAGUUGGAUAAACUAGAUGAGUCAACACGGAAGCGAGCUGAUUACAUCUUGGGUAAGUUUAGUGAUGUCCUCGAACAACAUGGAGAUUCAACAUUUAUUGAUUUGAGUAUGACAAAUCAAAAAUUGGCUUUGUUUCUCAGAGCAUUGGUUAAAAAUCCCGAGAUUUUGAUACUCGACGAAGCUUUCUCCUGUAUGGAGGACGCCAAAGUAAUGCGUCGCUGUCACGACUUUAUCGCUCAUGAUCCUAUUUUUAGAAACAUGACAAUUUUAUCCAUUGGACAUAUAGACUGGGAGUUAAGCAGCUAUGACUACAUGCUAAAGCUAACGGGUGAUGAAAAUAGAUCCUACGAGGUAUACAAAGUUGACAAGUCGUAA